AUGCAUGUGUAUCAGGGACACUUGGCAGCAUCAUAUUGCACUAUCCCAAUUUUCUGUCAGACUUCUGUGGUUCCUGAGGUUCCUAAAAGAUUUAGAAACCUCUUUAUUAUCCAUUUAAUCUACAACAAUUCUUUCUGUUACAGUUGUAUUUGGGAAGAAAGCCAUUCCACUCCAGUUCCACGGUGUAUAUACCCAGAACAACAUGGAUACAUAGUAACAGGGGAGGUAACUGAGACUUGGAAUGCGGAAUUAGAAGUGGAACUAGAAAGAAUCAAUACACCCAAGAUAUAUGCCGGGGAAAUAUUCAAUAGACUUUUACUAACAGUACAAUACCAAACUGACCACAGAGUCAGAAUAAAGAUCCAACCCAAAGAUGUUCCGAGAUAUGAAGUCCCACAGGAAGCAUUAGAUAUUUCAGAUGAUUUUCGAACAACAGAAGACAGGCUGUACGACGUUUCCAUCAUUAAAGGUCCACCAAGGUUUGCAGUGGUGGUCAAAAGAAGAUCGGAUUCUACAGUAGUAUUUUCUACUGAUGUACCUGGUUUAACAUUUACUGAUCAGUUUCUACAGAUAACAACUAGACUACCAUCUUCUAAUCUUUAUGGUUUUGGUGAACAUAAUCAUCGUAGAUUUCAACACGAUAUGAACUGGAAAACAUGGUCUAUUUUCGCAGGAGGAGGACUGCCUAUUGAGCCUAUCAAUGUUUAUGGGGUUCAGCCAACUUAUAUGAAUCUAGAAAAUGAUGGUAAAGCUACAAUGGUUUUGCUGAAAAACAGUAAUGCUAUGGAUGUAGUAUUACAACCCGACCCUUACCCAGCUGUAACAUACCGUGUUAUUGGUGGUAUCCUAGAUUUCUAUAUUUUUAUGGGACCAACUCCAGAAGAGGCUGUGCAACAAUAUAUUCAGGCUAUAGGUAAACCAAUGAUGCCACCCUACUGGGCUCAAGGAUACCAUCUAUGUAGAUGGGGUUAUUUGAAUAUUACUGAUGUCCACAAUGUUAUGUCCAGAAACAGAGAGUCUGGUAUACCAUACGAAGGCCAAUGGGUAGAUAUUGAGUACAUGUAUAAAUUAUAUGAUUAUACGUAUGAUAAAAAAGGUUGGGUAGAUUUACCAAAACUGAUUGAGGACCUACAUAACCAUCAUCAAAAAUUUAUUGUUAUCAUUGUAAAAAAAGCUAAGAUAAACAGUCCAGGUUACGAUAUGUAUGAUGAUGGUGUUCGACAAGAUAUCUUCAUUAAAAACUCUUCUAACAAAGUGUUAAUUGGUAAAUCAUGGCCAGGUAUUUCAGCUUUCCCCGAUUUUACCAACCCAAAAACAGAAAACUGGUGGUAUAAAUGGAUGAGUUAUUUGUAUCAUGAUGAAAAUAUCAAAUUUGAUGCACUAUGGAUAGAUUUGAAUGAACCAAAAAACUUUGUUAAUGGAUCAAUAGAUGGUUGUAUCAAAAACAGAUGGAACAAUCCUCCCUACAUACCAAAUAUAGUGGGGUCACAAUAUGGUUCAUUGAAUUUUAAAACAAUAUGUAUGGACAGUCAACAACAUUGGGGACGACAUUAUGAUGUACAUAGUUUAUAUGGUCACAGUGAAGCUAUACAAACUUAUAAUGCACUGUUGAAAUUACACCCCCAAAAACGCCCCUGGGCGAUAACGAGAUCUAAUUUUGUAGGAACUGGUAAAUAUGCUAGUAAAUGGAUGGGAGAUAAUCAGAGUAAAUGGUCCAAUUUACACUGGUCUAUAGCUAGUAUAAUGGAAUUCAGUAUGUUUGGGUUCUCAUUGAAUGGUGUAGAUAUCUGUGGUUUUCAAGGAGAUGCAGAAUAUGAAAUGUGUAUAAGGUGGCAUCAACUUGGAGCUUUUUAUCCUUUUGCUAGAAACCAUAAUGGCCGAAAGAGACAAAUCCUGUAUAGGCAUCAAGAUCCAGCAGCGUGGGACCAGAGAUUUAUAGAUAUAGUUAAACCUGUUUUAAUGACCAGAUAUCGUCUACUACCAUAUUUAUAUACUUUAAUGUUUAAAGCACAUCAGUAUGGUGACAUGGUUAUGAAAGCUCUGUUAUUUGAAUUUCCAACAGAUAAACAAACAUGGUCAUUAGAUAAACAGUUUUUAUUAGGUCCUGCACUACUUAUAUCACCCGUUUUACAACAGAAUCAAACGAAAGUUGAAGCAUACUUUCCACAGUCUAGAUGGUAUGAUUAUAUGACAGGAGAGGAAAUAGUCCCAGCUGCUCAAUUCCACAAUUUAUAUACACCCUUACACAAAUUUAAUCUACAUGUCAGGGGUGGAUAUAUUAUACCAGUACAACGACCAGAUACAACAACUUACACGAGCCGAAAGAAUUCAAUGGAUUUAUUGAUUGCAUUAGAUGAACAUAAUGUAGCUAAUGGUGAAUUGUUUUUGGACGAUGGAGAGGGUUUAAGUGAGGUAGUAACUCAGUCAUUUAGUGUACUUAUUUUUCAACAGACUGUGAGUUUGCGACUGAAACCAAGAGUACAUAAUUAUGAAGAGGCAAAAAAUUUGAAGAUAUCCACUAUAGAGAUAUAUGGUUUAAAUAAAUUACCACAAAAGGUAACCAUAAAUGGUAGGGAGCUUGAUGACAACUAUAUACGACAGUCUGGCCAGGUAUGA